CAUGCUGUCGUGCAACUUCGGCUACAGUCGUGUAUCAGAGCUCGUGCGGAGUGGAUCGUGGAACGCGUCUCGUUCCGAACUCGACGGUGGAAUGACGGUGUCCUUUCUGUCGUCGUCACGAGACGCUAAGAAAGACGCUUGUUCGCGCAUUAACGUUAUACCUGCCCCCGCGACGAUGUCACCGUGACAACACGAUCGUUUUACCGGUCGAUUAUUAUUAACGAAAGAUCUCGCACGUGGUGUAAAGCGGGGCAGGAUUCAGCCGGCGCGUUAACGUGCUGUGCGUGUAACAGUGGAUGUGCUCGUUCGGUCUCUGUCGCUCUCACGGUAUUACCGAUCGUUCUAACCUCUCUCUCCGACUUACUCUGUGUGCCUUCUACGAACCACGACCGGUCGUCAUCCUGGAUAUCGUUUGUCCGUUGGAACCGGGCCCGCGCGUAGCAACCGCAAGAAAACCUAGUCGACGCUGAAUCAACAGGUGGGAAUCUGCCAACUUACAGGUGUAUCCCGGAUGGCGGGGACGUUGGUUACACGAUGACGGAAUUGCAGCCGUCGCCGCCAGGAUAUCGAGUCCAGGAUGAGGCCCCGGGCCCACCUUCCUGUCCUCCAGGCUCCUACAAGUACGCGAGUCACGGCCAUGGCAGCGAGACUGCCAAUUUCAAGAGUACCUCGUCGUAUCCUCAGGAAGGCUAUGGCCUUAAGCAGAGUCCGUCUCGGACGGUGCCUCCUAACGAGUACUAUCGGCGUAGAAACGACGGUAGGAGGUCCACGGAAAACGAGCACGAGGCUACCAACGCAGCGAAGAAAGCCACAGUUGCCGGUUACAACGAAACUUACAAGAAGAAUACUGCGGGCUACAAGAACGACAGCGGGUAUAGCGAGAGUCUUGGAUUCGACAGUUACACGCUCCCUCUCAAUGAAAGAGACGAAGCGUCGCCACCGCCAACACCGCCAGUCCGAGACGCGUCGAGCCUCAAAGGCGUCUGCUAUGGCCCCGGUCACGAGAAGUACCCGUCGUGGCCGAGCGCGCCGGAGCGACACCCCGACGAGGAUGUUCACAGCUCAGGACACAGCGGAUCACAUCGAUCCAAGUCUUGGACCGAUCACACCAACUACCCGAAGGAGAAGCCUGCCCAGUACACCAGACCGCACACGAAGAGGCCCAAUCCUACGUUCACGCAGCAGCUGAAGACGGUGAUGGAACGUUGCGAGAAGAUCCCAGCGGAAACUUUCGAGUCGCGUAAUAGAACCACCGUGGAAGAGGAAUCAAGAUUGUGGCCUCGCGUGGAUCGCGAGGGCAAAGCUCUGGGUGAUGCGGAGUAUGUGGUGCCAUCGCCUCCUGAACGCGAGCAACAAACGGCUCAGACCCUCAGCCAUGCCGAUUUGGAAGCCUACGUUAGAAGCUAUCAGGAUCCUCAGGUGUCCCAGGUGGACAUUUACAGGGAAGCAACCCUAACACAAGCGGGCCUUGAAGAAUACACGAGGGUGCAACAUUCUCAGCAAGCUAGCUACGCACAAUCAGAAGGUUAUCACAGUUACGUUUCCAGUGUCGAUUCUACGACGAACACUCCUUUCCUCGAUAGGUUGAGAAGAGACAGCGAGGCAGUGGCACAGAGGCCAACCUCCACCUGGGAGGAUACAUCAAGGGAAGGAAGAGAUAGCGUAGUGACGACGUCCAGCGGAAGCGCCUCGAGCAGCGAGACUUUGAAAUGGCACGGAUCGAUGUCGGACGUGAGCGUGUCCAGCGGAUUGCCAGCUCGCCAGGGCGCUUCGGAUCGGUGGCAUCACGGAUCGAUGUCGGACGUGAGCAGCGUUAACGGUGGAAUUUUGCCUCAGAAACCUAACAACAGCUGUCAUGACAAGUGGCAAGGAUCUAUGAGCGACGUCAGCACCAGCGGUUUAUCUCCAACCACAAAGGGCAGGCACAGCGAAAAAUGGCCAGACAAAUGGCAAGUUUCGAUGAACGAUCGCAACAAACAGAGUCAGGGUAGAUCUAGCUUGCCGGCUGUGAUCAAUCAUUGCAACACAUCGACCAACGUAGCAGACGUUUCGUCGACCGUUCGAGAGAGCAAGUGGCAAGAGUCGAACAUCGACGAGGAAUCUCUAGUGGAUAAAUCGCAGUCAGGAUCUCAGUGGGACAAUUCGGUGAGGAUCGAAGGUGAUAAGUAUGGUUCACUGGCUCAACCGAUGCCACAGAGUCCAAUUCGUCAGCAGCUCGGUGCUGCGACUCCUCAGAGUCCCGAAAAUUGGAACCCUAUACAUGGAUCGAUGUCGGAUGUUAGUCAAGCGAACGGACAUCCGUGUAGCAAACAGUUGAUCGCUCACAGUGCCAGAGUUCAAACUCCACAAAGACACCAUUCAGAGAGUGUGUUGUACUUGGACCGCGAACGAAAUCAACGCAAGCUGUACCCUGUUAGCACUACUCAGCCUCAGGAAUCUACGCAAUCUUCAAGAAUGGUGCCGGCACUGCCUCAACAGCCACAAAUGUCAGUGGCGGAACGUAUAAAUGAACUGGAGAAGCAACAACAACAACAACAACAGAUGCGUUACACUUACUUGGAUCCAGAAAAGCGCCACAGGGUCUCUGACCCAACGUUAAAAGCUAUACAAAAGAAAGCAUUGCUUUCCUUCUACGAGAGACACCACCAGGCAUCCUGGAGAUCAGAACCGCAACUAGCCCAAGGAAUAGCUCCUGCGCCUCAAAGCCCCCCUCCUCAGCCACCCCCUCGUCCUAGACCGUCUUCCUCGAGACGAGCGAGCUCCGCCUCCGACUACGCCAGUGGCACCUGGCGAGAAAAUGGCAACAGGAAUCAGAACCAAGGUAAUGGAGAACUGUCGAGUCCUAAGCAUCAGCACAGCAACAGCUGCGGUAGUCUCUCUACGGACUUGCUAGGUCCUGUGAUAGUAGGACCAGCUAUAUCUAUCGACGAUUGGGUGCCAGAAAGGCCACCCAAAAAACCACACUUAAGAAACGUUUACAACGACCGUGUACCCAGUCCCGAUUUGCCACCGCCAUCUCCUCCUACAGUGACUGAAAACGAAGUUCACGAUUGCGAUGAUCCACUGCCACCUCCGCCGCCAGAGCUCAGCGAAGAUUGUUUCACUGAGAGCCAGCGCAAGCCUAGCAGCACGCACCAUCAAUCUGAGGAGACAAAGAUUCGUGAUAGAUCUUGCGACAGACAUAAAUUAGAGAGACAUUCGAUGAGAAGGUCGAAACAUGGUUCCAAGAGAGAUCACGAGAAGUCCGGAAAGUCUUCCCCAAAUUCGCCCGUAAAGACGGUGUCCCAGGAACAGGAGCAACACCAAUUCGUUAGACCUGCCAUAGCAUUGAAGCAUGUCGACUCCGAGAUGGUGCUGGAGAACGGUGUUUCAGCUGGAUUCGCCACACAUAGAAUGGUGGCUACGGGUCGGUCCAGUUUAAGAUACCCAUCAACACAGAAGUUAAUGGUGAAUGGUAGAGUAACGCCAGCCAGGAGAAUAUCGGAGGAGCGACCUUUCUCUAGCAGGCCACCGGCGCAACUACCUGAUCUCAUCUCGCAGCGAUACAGCGACUCUGGGAACCAGAGACCUGCUCCUCAAGUACCCGUGGAACCGAGAAUCAUUCGGCAAGAAUCGAUGCGAGUGGACGGAACGCGAAUCGAUGUUUCUGGUUUACUCAGGAACGAUUCGGCUCAGAGACUGGAAUCCUCUUCUGGUCAGAGACCUCAGCCGCAAGUGCCUAAGAACGUCGAUAAAAGUGCCUCGAGUAAUCAAUCUAAUCAGGCAACGAGACCAAACUACCUGCCCGUGUCUGAGAAUUCUAAGUGCGCGUCCAAAUAUCUAGAAGGUGGAAACCACAGUUUUGCAAUUGGUAGUCCAGUGAAGACGGGCUACGAGGCCAAUUCCAAAAUGUUCCCGUCGGAGUCGAGUCCUCAGAAAUAUCACGAGCCCCCGAAAUACGUGCCCAACCAUCACCAACGUCACGGAGACGUGACACAGAGGAAUUACUACGCCCUGCCCCCUAAGUACAUCGACGCACCGAAACAAAAACCUCAACCUCAGUGUCCUACGGAUAGAUACGGUGGUACUGGUUCACCUAGUUCUCCUCCUCCACCCCUGGCGCCGCGACAGAACACUCCAGGCAGAAAAUCGUUGCCACCUCCGCCGCGACCGGCACCUCCACAUGCGCUACAGGGGAGUCAAUCGAAGGCCUCUUACUUGGCGUAUCGUCGAGAACGAGGAGCGCCCGACACCGAGGGCAGUUACAAAAGAACCAUGUCACCGACAUCUCGCCUAGAGGACUGGCCACCGCCGCGGGAUCACGACGAUCCGGUUCUUCUGCGCGUCACGCCUCAUCAUCCGUUGCAGCCCCAUCACCAUCACCAUCACAACAAUCAUCAUUCGCAACAGCCAGAGCUUUCCAAGUCUCACAGCGUGGACGCUCUUCAUCAUCGGCUGGAGGAACGGUCCGCGCAACAGCAACAACAACAACAGCAACAACACUCGGCGGAGGUGAUCGGAAAGUUGUCGCACGAUUUGAACAAGAAACUGCAGUCAAGUGAGGCGAGAUCACGAACCAGCGAGAAUAAUAAUAACGAUAACCUGGAGGAUCGACAUCAGCAUCAUCACCAUCAUCAUCAUCAUCAGGAGAAGAGGCAGCAAGAGAAAAGGCACGAUUAUGAGCAACGUAGGGAACGGCUGUCGCCCCAGAGCGUCGAGAUCCUUAACGACAGGAACCGACAGCUGGAACGCGAACGCAGGAAGCUGGCGGCCAGUUGCGAACCCCUACCUCAGAACAGAGAGAAACAGAGUCGAAGCAUGGACGCGCCCUCAGCGGUUGUCGAGGAGGAUUUCUUCCGCGAGCGUAGCGCUACCAUCGAAAUGACCUCGCAGAACAUCGAGCUGCUCAAUCGGCGUAACGAGAAGAGAAUGAACGCUACGUCAACGUCGACCAGCACGAUCACUACAUGCAUUACGACAUCGUCGGCAUCCACGACAAUGACGAUCACGACGGACAGUUGCUGGCCACGAGGUCACGAAGUUCGAAGCUCCAUCGAGGCGUCGGCCGUUUCGGAAAGGCCUCCAGCCCCGACCAAUUCACCUCCUAGAACACCGGAUCAGAUGGAAGGAGACAGCUCGAGAGGCGCCGUACCGAGACGAUCUGGAAGCUGUUCCAGUUCUUCGUCCGGUAGAUCGUCAGACCCUCGUGUUUCGCCACGGAUAUUAUCCAACAGCUUUUCUAAGAGCGAGAAUUCUUCACCUAACAACAGAAAAGUCUCCAGUCCUACACAAACGGACAACACUGGUUCCUCGAACAGAUCUAGCUCGCCUGUCCGUUCGAGUCAAACGAACGAGAUAGAGCUGAGAGUAGACAGAUCUUCCUCGUCCAGUAAGUCCAGAUCCGGAGGAAGGUCCUCGACGUCCUCGAUCUCGAGCGUGUCGAAGGCUUCUUCUUCAUCGUCGUCGAGGAAUUCUCCAGUCGAGGAAGACAGACCAUCUCCUCCGGUAUCACCGUGUAUGUCGCCUCAACCAGGAAUAGAGGGACUGACAUUGGUGCAACGUACCGAAGUUGUGCUCCGAGUGAACACUACUACCAGUGACGCAGCCUCGCAGACCGAAAUCUUGGAGCCAACGGAGUGCGAAACACCAACCAAGACUCAGGAAAUUCCACUGUGCAGAAAGAAACUACCAGAAGAAAUCGAAUGUGAGGAACUGGGCAGGGAUUUGGCGAGCCAGCUCAAUCCGAACGACAAAUUGGUGCCUCUUCUAGUUCCAGCGCCGGAGCACAAAAAGCCUACCGACUAUGUUACCGGUUUAUUCAGGGUGGAAGCGACCUUGCAACCGCGACCUAGGCGCCGACUCUCCCUCGAGGAACCGACGACCCCGUGCUCCGAGAACGGAGACGAGGAGAAAAAGCACGAGACGAUACCCUCUACUCCGGUCACUCCAUUAUCGACGGACUUGACGAGUCCUCUGUCCCCGACAUCGGCUUACUUCACCACAUCCGAAGGAAAGGCGAGAUUCCUCACAAGAUACACGCGUGACGUGACCGUCGAGGGGUUGACGCGGCAGGAAGACUCGUCGCCGCCUGUCGUUCCCACCGACAGUCUUGAUCUCAGGCAGAAAAAGGAAGAGCUGAUGAUGAGGCUGGACAAGAAGCUGGUGGUUCUGAGAGCGGAACAGGAAGCUGUGCGAGAAGAGGGAGAUGUAAACGAAGCUUUGGGAGCGCGAGUGGCCACGAGGAUCACCGCGGUCGCGAGACCAGCGGAAGCUUCCAAGUAUCGGCUCCACGUGGAGGAAGUAGGCAAGAUCACGAGCCUUCUUCUUGGCCUGAGCGGUAGAUUGGCUCGAGCUGAGAAUGCUCUGUACGGAAUGCCGGCUGAUCACGCGGAAAGGAAAAUCCUGGAGAGUAAAAGAGACAAGUUGAUAGAUCAACUGGAAGAGGCGAAGAUCCUAAAAAGCAACAUCGACAAGCGCAGUGUGAACGUAUCGACAAUUCUGUCGAAGUACCUGAACGAAGAAGAGUUCGCGGAUUAUCAACACUUCAUCAACAUGAAGGCGAAGCUGAUCGUGGACGGCCGUGAGAUUCAGGACAAAGUGAAGCUUGGAGAGGAGCAGCUUGCCGCACUGAGGGAAGCGAUCGACUAGUCGUAAAACAAACGCGAACCCGAUCGCGAUCUGAUCGCACCAGAGACGCCUGUUUAUACCUGAAAACGCGUGUUCCCUCGAGCAUGAUACGAUUUUUUUACGACAGGAAGGAACACGCGAUCAGAUCCAUGGUAUUUUGCAAACGACACGUUGAAUUUUGUAAACGAUCCUGCUACGCGUGUGUUCGAAUCGAUGAAUGGAACGUGAUAUCUCUAGCGAAUAGGCGUAUUGGUAGCUUGGAAUCGUUUUUCUUUCUUCUCUUUUUUUUUUAAGAAACACACGUGUUCAUUGUACAUAUCCUUGGAGUCCUAGAUGGACUAAUCAUCGAGACGUCUUCUCGUUGGUGCAAAAUUGCACGAUUCGAGAAUUUUAUAUCGAUUCAUCGUGAUGUUAUGCGAAAGUAAAAUUAAUUAUCGCACGACGAUGGACGAUAUUUAAGAUCCAAGCGUGAUCCAGAGACGGCCUCGAAUGGCUAGUCUUUACUAAACUUGCACUAAUUGUAUCAUGUGGUUCGUGAGCCGAGAUGAAGAAUGAAGUAUCGAAGUAGGCGCCACGAAUGGGUACACUCGUUGAUAAGGCAACGAAAUGGAAUAAAAUUUCGUUUCUUUCGUUUAAAAUUGUGUGAUAUGAAAUAGAUCUUUAACGAUCAAAGUUAUUCGAUCCAAGUGUAUCUUCCGGUUAAUUUUCUUGUGAUUUAUGUAUUAGAUAUAUUGGGGUGGUCGGAAUUUUAAUAUAUUGCAAUCACGUUAUUUUCUCGGCGAUGAUAAAUUAAAAACGUGACGGAAGAAAAGCUCGAGCAGUGGGUCGCUCUUACGUUUCGACGUAUUCCAUUCGUGGCAACGUUUGGACGAACGCCACUGAAAGUAAACACGUGUACAGCUUAUGGAUGUUUCCAUUACCUGGUUAGCAUAAUGUGAGCGGCGCUCAAGCCGCGGUAUGAUUCUUGACCUAGAAUUACUUCUGGUGCCUUCGUAUAUACGAUAUGUGAUAUAAAGGGUAAGGAGUCACGUGCUCGUCAGAUAUACUAUAUCCGAACAAUACAGGCAUGCCUAGCGACGUUGUAACAUGUAUAUAAUUAUAAAAGAUGAAACAAGCUAGCGUUUAAGUGAUAUAUCAUAGGAAACACACGACACAACACAACACACAUGAUUCGAUGAUACAGGUGCGUAAAUAUGCACGAGACUCGGAUUCGAAACACUUUCGAAACCAUUAUACAUACAUACAUGCUCACAUAUACAACGAUUACUAUUUUUUAUGUUUUUGUUCUAACCCCAGAGGCUCUCGUGAGCCUCUAUGACGCUUGUGAUCUUACUUACUUCUGUACGACCGUACCAAGGACUCUCGAAAGCGAACAUAUCAAAGAUAAAUAAUUUCGAGCCUCCAUGGUGGUCUUACGAAAAAUUUUAUGCCUCGGUCAUUUUCCAAGCAGUUCGUCGCUCCUUUCCCCGCCUUUGAGCCAUUUUUCUUUUUUUUUUUUUACAUCCCGUUCUUGCGUACAUACCCUGCGUUCUUCGUUUCGACAAUCGUGUCGCAACGAUCAGCCUCGAUCUCGACGACGAAUUCGAGAACGAAGAAGACGUGGCAAAAAUUUGAAGCGUAGGAUCCUCCGGUUUUUUGAGCUCGGUAAUGAGAUACUUACUGACAGACUCAAAGAUCCCGAGAUGGAAUCUGUCUUCUGUUACUCGACCCAGCGAAAGGUUCGCGGCGCGAUUGCAUAAUUCCGUGAUUGAAAUAAACGAGUAUAUUGGAAUGCUUUAAAUUACUUAGCGGCACUAGAGCGAAAACAGAGAUGAAGGUGGAAUACCAAACGAUCUAUUUCGAUUUCGCAAUGCUCGAAACUACGAGCUGCUGAAUCUGUAACACUUUCGGAUCGUCAAAUCUACUAUCUGUUGUAACUUAAUUUCUAACGAUCGAAUAUCAUGAAAUAGUUGAAUUCACUGGAAUUCCACUUAAUGUAAAAACUGGUACGGAUUAACCUAAUAUCUCAGUACAAAUUGGAAAGGAUCGUAAAUUAGAAAGUGAUCAGCCGAUCGAACCGUUUCGCGCGGAACGAGAAGAACGAACAAAAAGUAAAUUGUAACGCGCGUGAAAGACUGAGCACAGGGCAUAAAAUUUUGCGACAACAUUAUAGUCAGUUUCUGUUCCUCGUUUGUUUCUCGAUUGUUCGCAAGAUACCGCGCUGAUAAGGCGCUGACACUGUAAUCUCGGCGCCCGUCCGACUCGGGAAUUAGCCACAUUUCGUAAUGUGCUUGCAAACAGCGUUACAGCGUCGCGAUUCAUCGCGGUGAUUCGCGACAACGAUACGGAAAAUUGUAUAUAAGAAAUUCAGUUAAUUCGAAGAUAAAAAAACAAAAAGUAGAAAAUGGAAAAAAAGAGAAAAACGGAAGACGUUGAUGAUUAAUAUGAUGAAGAAACCAUGGUGCUCUGCAUAAUCUAUUUUUUACGAGAAGAAACGUUCCAUUAAUGCGUAGGCUAUAUUUACCUGUACGCUAAGUUCAUUAAAUAUUUAAUAGUGUCUCCCUUCCCCCUUUUGUGUACAUAUUCUUUACAUGCAUAAACAAUAUUAAUUUUUAACGUGAUGCGAGAAGGACCCGUUUGAUGAAACAGUUUACACGCUGUAUACACAUUGAUACGUGCGUACCGUACACGUAAGCGGCGACGCUAGGUCGUUGUGUUAGUCUGACAAUAUUAUCGCAUAUCUCGAAUGUAUUACGAAAUCAUUACGAUAACUACCUUUCCCAAACUCGCUUGCAAUAAAUAAUGCGUUGGAAAUUAA